AUGUCUAUACUAUACUAUCUAACCCAACACGCUUCAGGAUUUAUCACCGACAUAAGUCUUUUGGAAAUAAUGGUAAAUUGUAUUGAAAGAGCACGCGUCUGUAGAGCUGGUGCGGCUAUACAGAGCUGUAUUGCAGUUAACGCUGCGGGCAUCACAAAAGAAGUGGUAACUAUUUUUCCUGUAAAAACGAAUCGGGGCACAGAGGCCGUUUAUAGAGGUCGCCGGAGUAUUGAAAAUGAUUAUGUUAUUGGAAAUGAUUUUAGAGAGACUAAAUCCACUGGUAGUGAGGCCGUGGUGGAUUUCUUUAAGGGUAAAUGGGUACCAACCUCUAGAAACGGGAAAAAUAAGUGUGAGUUGACUGAUCCACCAAUAGUUUUGAGUAAUAAAGAAGGUAGGAGAGAUACAAGGUAUCUUAUUGAAAAUUCUGAAACUCACCAGAUUGAUAAUAGACCAAAACAGUUUUCGAACUACACUGAGAUAGAAAAUAGUAAUCAAUUUCACCAGUUUGCUACGGGAGGAAAUGAUCAAUUCUCCAAGUGUGGUCGCAUAUCUAAACGGCCACAUGUAGUUAAAUUGCGUGAAAACUUGGAAAUACCUGUUUUUCACGGUUGCGAUUUUAAUGUACCUGUACACACCCGGGUCCCUGCAGGCAUUAAAGUCUGUGAACGAUUAAAUCAUACAGAUGUCGGUAUUCUUACCGCGUGUAGUGUAAUAGAAAUUCCUGAAAAUUCAACAAGAGAAAAUAGAAAUAUAGUAGUUCGAAUUCUGAAUACUUCUCCAAUGCCACAGACCAUUUAUAAAAGCACUCCCAUUUUGAAUUUGGUGGAUGUGACUAGGUUGAAAGAAAGUUCCACCGCUGAUGCUCUCUGUGGAGCGGAUGGAACGGGUAAUGUUAGUGAAGAGUUUAGUGAUAGUAAAAUUCAUACAAGUUGUUAUGAAGGCCUUAUUGUGGAGAAUAUGGUUUCUCAUUUGAAAGGAGGGGAUAAGAGGAAGAUGUUGCAAUUUUUACAGAGUUAUUCUGAUAUUUUUGCAAAGGAUGAUACGUCAUGA